AGCAUAACACCAUGGAGACGACAAGCAGCAAAGAAAAUGUGUAGGUAUUAUUAAUAACAAUUAAUAGUUAUAACGGCGAGAAAGAUGGCGCUGCUGCAAAGUGGCAACGUCAUAGAACGAUCACGUUACCAUGGUAACCCGGGAUCUACCCCCCGUGCCCCCCCACCUUCCUUCGGCUACUUGGUUGUGCCCCGCGCGCCGAGCUGCAGUGAGUCACGAGCUGACCGCGAAGAUGGCGUGACGUCAUUUGAGUUAACGUGCAAUCGAACAUGGACGACGUCGAGUGAGUGACAGCUGCCAAACGAGCCAAACCCUGCACGCGCAUCAGAUGGACGCGUGUCUCCGUGUUGGACGCUGGACGUCCUGUUACACGGGACCACUUCAGUGAAGAAGGAAGUGAUAUUACACGUCCCGCCCCCCCACCGUGCUGUUUCCGCUUCCUGCUUCAGACACCCAAUAGGAUGAGCCAGACAAAGAAGGCGGCGCCAAGUCAGGAGAUGGAUGGCAAGGUGCAGACGUGGGCGGAGUCGCUGGUUUCCACGCUGGAAGAGCUGGAGUGUAAAAUCUGCUACAAUCGCUACGACACUCGCAGUCGUAAGCCCAAACUGCUAGCAUGUUUGCAUCGAGUGUGCGCCAAGUGCGUGAAGAGGAUGGUGGACAUGGGCGAGUCCUCGCCGUCCAUCAUCAGCUGUCCUUUCUGCCGCCAUGAGACACGCGUUCCGGAUGAAGAGGUGUGGCUGAUGGAGGACGACCGGCACAUCCUGGCGGUCCUGUCGUGUCAGGACCGAGCUCGGCGAGGAGAUCACGGCGAGGUGGUGCUGAGUCCAAGUGGACUGACAGGUGCAGACUCGGCGCACCGCUCCUCUGACUGCCUGGUCAUCACCAUCAUGGAGCUGCCCGACGAGUCGCCGUCGUCGUUGUCGUCGGACUCGGGUGUCGAUGAUGUCGUGAGUCCAUGGCGGCGCACACUAGACGAGGUCGCGGCACAACGGCGUCAACGCGGGGAAUGUGAGCGUGCUCAGGAAGCGCUGGUGAAAGCGACGUCCUGCUUCCAGCAGCUGGCAGCGUCGCUGGGUAGUUCAGCAGACUGCAGCUUCCUGCGAGAGGAGCUGGAUGAGACGAGGUCGAUGGCGCACGGGAUGUGCGGCGGUUUGCUUCGACGUCUCACCAGGCUUCUUUCAGACUCUGACUCUGCCCCUUCGGGGACAGACGACAGGUUAGCAUUGGAGCGACUGUGGGUUCACUUCCUGUCAACUGUAGAGUACUUCCUCUUUGACCUCCGCAAGGCCAGCCACUUGAUUGAACACUUCCCGUUGACGCAGCGUAACGACAGGCGCUCAUUGGUCAACACAGGAUGUCUGGACGGUGUGGUGGGCGUGGCAGCUCGCGCGGCCUCCAUUCAGACCCCCUGGCCCAGCUUGGAAGAGGAUCCGAGUCCCGGUUUGGAGCAGCACAUUGAAGGAUUGGAGGCCCUGCUGAACGACAUGCAGCUGAGGGUUCCGGUGCCGUUCUGGUCUGUGGAGGCCACCCAGCCGGCAUGGGUGGAGGGUCAGGAGGAGCAUGUGGAGCAUGAUGACAGCUUGGAGGACCUGAUGGAGGUUGAGGUGGUCUCAGGUGACAAGAUGGCCGGCUGCUGUCAGCCCCCCUGCUUUGGACUGGGCUGUGUUGGCUAGGCGGCCAUGUUUAAAUAAUUAGUCACUAACCUGGAAAAGUCAGUUAAAAAGAAUUAAUCUCUUCAUUACAAAACUAAAAAUCGACAAAAUAAUAACUGCAAUUCCCAGUAACCAAUUUAGUGGAACCUUGGUUAGCCUCAUUAAUUCAUUCCAGAAGGUUCAACAAAUGGACGCUAACUGCGAACUAAACCAAUUUUUCCUGCACGGCGGUGGAGUGGUUAGCGCGCAGGCCUCACAGCUAGGAGACCGGGUUUCAGUUCCACCCUCGGCCAUCUCUGUGUGGAGUUUGCAUGUUCUCCCCGUGCAUGCGUGGGUUUUCUCCGGGUACUCCGGUUUCCUCCCACAUUCCAAAAACAUGCUAGGUUAAUUCAUUCAUACCUAUGGACUCCAAAUUGUCCAUAGGUAUGAAUGUGAGUGUGAAUGGUUGUUUGUCUAUAUGUGCCCUGUGAUUGGCUGGCCACAAGUCCAGGGUGUACCCCGCCUCUCGCCUGAAGACAGCUGGGAUAGGCUCCAGGACCCCCCUUGUGAGGAUAAGCGAUAGAAAAUGAAUGAAUGAAUAAUAUUAAUAUGAGGCUGCGAGUGGUUAGCACGCAGGCCUCACAGCUAGGAGACCCUAGUUCAAUUCCACCAAUUGCAUGUUCUCCCUGUGCCUGCGUGGCUUUUCUCCAGGUACGGCGUUUUCCUCCCACAUUCCAAAAACAUGCUAGGUUAAUUAGCGACUCCAAAUUGUCCAUAGGUAUGAAUGUGAGUGUGAAUGGUUGUUUGUCUAUAUGCGCCCUGUGAUUGGCUGUCCACCAGUCCAGGGUGUACCCCGCCUCUCGCUCGAAGACAGCUGGGAUAGGCUCUAACACUCCCACGACCCUUGUAAGGAUAAGCGGUAGAAAAUGAAUGAAAACAAUACAUUUUUAUAGUUUUGCAAUGCUGUAUGUCAUUGUGACCACUAGGCGGCAGUACGGGCAAUACUCUUUACUGAUGAUUGAUUGAUGAUUGUUGAUUGAUGCCUCAGAGUUCUCAUUACUCUAUCAAAUAUUGUAAUAUACAGUAGAAUACUAAUUAUUAUUCUUGCACAUAGGUCCAAGAUGAAAGUCAGGCCCUAACCUGGCCGGGACUCUGUUAGGGGUUUGGCCAAGUCACCAUGGUGAGACAGCAGCUUUAAGAGAGAGCCAAGAUCCGCCUUUAUUAGUCCCACAAUUGGGAAACCUCAUUAAAUUGGCUUGGCAUUCAAUUUGAAUGAGGGAAGUGCAGGCUAGAUAUGGUAGUUCAAACUCAAGUGAUUGCAUUUGAAUUAAGAACUUUAUUGAAGCAGCAAAGGCAAACAUAAAAAUAUUGUACAAACAGAAGACACACAAAGGAUUUUAAAAAAAAAGGCGAGCAGGUUCACUUCUGGAAGGUGGAGUGUAGAUGAGCUUUGUAGGCUGGAGAACAAAUGGAAAUAUGUUCAAAAUGUUCGGAUGUAAAGUAAACAAUAAAAGAUAUUCUAGUCCAUCAGCAGCAUCUUCCAACUCCUCACCUUCUUGAUUUGACCAAAGUUCAGCUGCAGCCACGUUCAACGGACUUUCGUUGUUGGGUUCUGAAAUUACGAAGAGAAGUCAGGUCAGGCUAACAGAGCGAGCGGAACUUAUUUAGCGAGCAGCUACCUCCUAGCAGGCUCUGGAUGGAGAGCAGGACUGAGCGGACGUCGAGGAGCGCCGACCACUUGUCCUUCAGGAUGUCCAGACAGAUGAAGCCCUGCUCAUCCACGUUGGGGUGAAAACAUGGACACAGGAAGCGGACCCAGGGGGCUUGGUAAGGAUAGCCAGCCGGGAACUCCAGAGACAACUUGUACCGCAGACCCUCGUACACCUGAGAUGGACACCAGCGCAACUGUGGGACGGCUUCUCCGAAAGGAAACGCCAGGAAGAGAUGACUUACCGUCCCCUGGGGACCGUCAAUGGUUCCGAUCCAUUUGAAGAGGUUAUCCGAUUCUGGAAACGCAGAGAUCCCCUUAUCGCCGGCCAUCUGCAUCAACACAAGUCACAUUCUUAAAGAGUGCAGUACAAGUCCGAGUGCGCUGAAAACCAACUUAACUUUCACUUUACUUAGCAACCACAACAGUGAGCAGGUCCGUCCACUACAACAAGCAGAAGCUUGUGAACUACCAUUAGUAGAGUAGACCAGUACUGUACUGCCUGCAUAUUUUGCCAUCAAAUACCAAAAAAUAUCAUUGCCGGUAAUUUUUUUCUUUUUUUAUAGAGCUUUCAAUGAUUUUGCAUUUCAUUUUUACAAUUAUCGCAGACCUCACAGCUAGGAGACCAGGGUUCAAUUCCAAAUUCGGCUAUCUCUGUGUGGAGUUUGCAUGUUCUCCCCGUGCAUGUGUGGGUUUUCUCCGGGUACUCCGGUUUCCUCCCACAUUCCAAAAACAUGCUAGGUUAAUAAGCGACUCUAAAUUGUCCAUAGGUAUGAAUGUGAGUGUGAAUGGUUGUUUGUCUAUAUGUGCCCUGUGAUUGGCUGGCCACCAGUCUAGGGUGUACUCCACCGCUCGCCCGAAGACAGCUGGGAUAGGCUCCAGCACCCCCGCGACCCUCAUGAGGAGAAGCGGUACAAAAUGAAUGAAUGAAUAAUAUUAAUGAGCCUGCACGGCGGUUGAGUGGUUAGCACGCAGGCCUCACAGCUAGGAGACCCUAGUUCAAUUCCACCAAUUGCAUGUUCUCCUCGUGCAUGCGUGGGUUUUCUCCGGGUACUCCGGUUUCCUCCCACAUUCCAAAAACAUGCUAAGUUAAUUAGCGACUCCAAAUUGUCCAUAGGUAUGAAUGUGCCCUGUGAUUGGCUGGCCACCAGUCCAGGGUGUACCCCGCCUCGCUGGAAGACAGCUGGGAUAGGCUCCAGCACACUACUUUAGAUGGAUGAGGGUUUUUUUUAACAACUUGUUUAGUUUCCAAAAUGUAAAAUAUCAAAGCCAUGUUCUUUCUAAUGAUAUAUUUGAUUUUUACUUUUAGAAAAGCAAGACGUAUGUUACAUAUUUAUAUCGAAAUAAAAACAAUGUAUUUUUGUGACCUUUCAAAAUGAGAUUUUACUGGAGUUAUUUGACAUUUUAUGGCUUUAGUUGAUUUUGUGUGGAUCAUUUCAAACUUAAGUGUAACUGCAAAGCACAAUAGUAAAGGACUCACCAUCAGAGUCAUCAGCUCCUUUUGCAGCCUGCAACACAAAAACAUCUUUCAGAGAUUUUUCAAAUCAAGCAGAAUCCAGAUUUUCCACAACACCAAACAGAAGUCGGCUCUGGCGUCACGUGAUGCAGUAUGGAGAAGUAGAACUUACCAAACCAUCAUCAAAUAGAACGUCAAUGUUUUGGUCUCACCGUUUGGUCACCGAGCCUUUGGCGCCGCUGCCACCGCCGUCGUUGCCCUUCAGCGCCGCUGUAGACGCUCCAGCAGCCGCGGCCGGGUCCACGUUCUGAGAUGCCAUCACUGCUUCGGUUUGCGGUUUGGUUUUAGACCGAGACACCCGUUCAAACAAUGAAAUCUUCACUGAGACAUAUUCACAGGUUAGGUCUCAUAUUUAAACUCUGUGUCUCCAUGACUACUUUACUUCAGUCUGUUAUUCAUUUUGCUGUUUGGUCCUCGUAUUACUUCCUUAGCACAACGCUGUUAGCUCCGCUGCUAACAAGUAUUAGCAUGUUCGUAAGGAACCAGCAACACAAUCAACACCGCGGAAACUCGUAGUAUCAUAACGUACAUUUAGAAUUCCCAGUUUAAAAUGUUUUGUUACACUCACCGUCUGCCACUGAAGCUUGAUUUAAAAAAAACAAGAUGUCGCUAAUUCAGUCAGCUUACUGCCGCCCCAGUUUAAACGGAUGCGUGCAUACAAUCUAAGCCAAUCAACGAUUGACUUUCAAAUACAAACCUUACCUUCCCCAUAAACCAAUGAAAAAGCCUACAAGAAUAACCAUGCGUUGUGAUUGGACAGGAGUAUUAUCCCGGAAGUUGGUGACCAACGAGCCUGCCGUUAUGACGUCAUUGGCUUUCCUGCUUUUGAAUUGAAUUGAUGGGGCGCUCAUGAGGCACUGCGGCUGAAAAAGAUUACAUAGUCGUGCUUCCGCUUCCGGCUGUUGUGUACAACACGCUCCGCAAAGAUGAAC